GUGGUAUAAUAUAUAGAACACACUUUGGUGCAAACAAUCAAACAUGGCGUCCUUUGGCGACAACGAGGAGUUGCAAUCGGCAAACAUAUUCAUACCGAAGGAGUGGUCUGAUGCAGCCGACACAGUAGCUUAUGAUUCUACCACUUCUCCGGCCCCUGUUGCCCUUGUUUGCGGUCCUAAAAAUAGCGGCAAGACCACUUUCUCUCGUCUCCUCGUCAAUGUUCUUCUUCACAGAUACAAGAAAGUCGCUUAUUUGGAUACAGAUGUUGGGCAGACAGAGUUUACUCCACCUGGUUUGUUAUCCCUUACUACAAUUGACAAAAUAACUUCAGAUCUGUCAAUUCCAUGCCUAAAAACUCCUGAGAGAUGCUUCUUUUUUGGUGACAUAUCCUCAAAGAGAGAUCCCAAAACAUAUUUGGCUUAUAUUUUUGCCUUGUAUGAUCACUACCGGAGAACGUACUUGUUGAGCAAUGGCUCAAGUCCCGGAAAUGCUGGGGUACCCCUUGUCAUUAACACAACAGGCUGGGUGAAAGGUAUUGGCUAUGACAUUCUUGUGGAUAUUAUCAAAUACAUCUCUCCUACCCAUGUUGUUAAGAUUUGCAUAUCAGCUGUGAACAAAAAUCUUCCAGCUGGUGCAUUUUGGUUGGAUGAUGGUAAUGGUGCUGUUGCAACUUUAAUUGAGGUCAACUCUGCUCGUCAGGACUCUUUUAACAGAUCGGUUCUUGUACAGAAGGAUGCACGUCUUUUGCGUGAUCUACGUGUUAUGGCCUAUUUCCGACAAUGCUUUCCAAGUGAUAUGAAAAUCUCAACAAUCAAAGAACUCUCACGAGCACUAGCUGCCCACCCUCCAUACGAGAUUCCUAUAUCAAGUAUCAAAAUUAAACACCUUCAUUGUGAGGUUCCGAAGAGUGAGGUUUUCUACAGUUUGAAUGCAACUAUUGUUGGCUUGGCAGUUGAUUCUGAAAAUUUUCCUGACUGCAUGGGCUUGGGAAUAGUGCGUGCCAUUGACACUUUCAAGCAUGUACUCUAUGUAAUUACCCCUGUUCCAAAAAGCAGUCUGCAGAAGGUGGAUCUUCUAUUGCAGGGCUUUAUCGAAAUUCCUACUUGUUUGUUGCAGGUACAAGGCUGCAUCUCACCUUACAUGUCCGCUGAUGUAUUGCCUUCAGCUUAGGCAGGCCUAUCUGGAUAACUUCACUUUAUCUUGUACAGCUUAGUAGAAGUCAUUCGUGAAGGUUGAUUAUGCUAAGUUAUAUCUACUUCUUCGACAAUCACCUUAGUUAGAAGGUAGAUUCAAGAAACUUAUGAACUGUCGGCCUUAUAAUUUGCUACUUGCUUUGUAAAAGGUUGUUGACUUUAGGGUGACCAUUGUAUCUCUGUUGGGCAGCAAACUUUCUAUAUAUGCAUAAUUUAGUCUGUUGGAGUCA